AUGCCUUCUUCCUUGUGUCUGAAUUGUAAGUUCCAGGACUCAGUAGCCAUUGAGGAUGUGGCUGUGAACUUCACCCCAGAAGAGUGGACUUUACUGGAUCCUUCACAGAGGAAACUCUACAGAGAUGUGAUGUGGGAAACCUUCAGGAACCUGGCCUCUAUAGGAAAAUCAUGGGAAGAUAAUGAUGUUGAAGUUAAAAACACAAGCCAGGGAAGAAAAUUAAGAAAUCGUAUGUUACAGAGACUCUUCAAAAGUGAAGAUAGUCGUCUAUGUCAAGAAAACAUCAGCCUAAAUCCAAAUCGCAGUCUGAACAAGAAAACUACAGGUGAUAAACCAUGUGAAUGCAGUGCAUGUGGAGUAGUCUUCAUGCGUCAUUCAUCCCUUAAAAGGCACAUUAGAUGUCACACUGAAUACAAACUGUAUGACUACCAAAAAGAUGGAGAGAAGCAAUAUAAAUGUAAGGAAUGUGGAAAAGCCUUCCCUUUUCACAAGUCUCUUGAAAUACAUGAAAGAAUUCAUACUGGAGAGAAACUCUAUGAAUGUAAAAAUUGUAGUAAAGCAUUCACUUCUUCCAGUUCCCUUCAGAGACAUGAAAGAAAUCACACUGGAGAGAAACCCUAUGAAUGUAAAGAAUGCGGGAAAGCCUUCAGUUGUAGCAGUUCUCUUCAAAAACAUGAAAUAACUCACACUGGAGAGAAACCUCAUGAAUGUAAAAACUGCAGUAAAGCAUUCACUUCUUCCAGUUAUCUUCGAGAACAUGAAAGAAUUCAUACUGGAGAGAAACGCUAUAAAUGUAAAAAAUGCAGUAAAGCAUUCACUUCUUCCAGGUAUCUUCGAAGACAUGAAAGAAUUCACACUGGAGAGAAACCCUAUGAAUGUAAAACCUGCAGUAAAGCAUUCACUUCUUCCAGUUAUCUUCGAGAACAUGAAAGAAUUCAUACCGGAGAGAAACACUAUAAAUGUAAAAAAUGCAGUAAAGCAUUCAUGUUUUCCAGCGCUCUUAAAGUACACGAAAUAACUCACACUGGAGAGAAACCCUAUGAAUGUAAAAAAUGCAGUAAAGCAUUCAGUUCUUCCAGUUCUCUUAAAGUACAUGAAAGAACUCAUACUGGAGAGAAACCCUAUGAAUGUAAAGAAUGUGGGAAAUCCUUCAGUUAUAGUAGUUCUCUUCGAAAACAUGAAAUAACUCACACAGGAGAGAAACAUGAAUGUAAAAAAUGCAGUAAAGCAUUCACUUUUUCCACGUGUCUUCAAAGACAUGAAAGAACUCAUACUGGAGAGAAACCCUAUGAGUGUAAAGAAUGCAGGAAAGCCUUCAGUUGUAGUAGUUCUCUUCGAAAACAUGAAAUAAUUCACACAGGAGAGAAACAUGAAUGUAAAAAAUGCAGUAAAGCAUUCACUUCUUCUAGUUCUCUUCAAGUACAUGAAAGAAUUCACACUGGAGAGAAACCCUAUGAAUGUAAAAAUUGCAGUAAAGCAUUCAGGUCUUCCAGUUAUCUUCGAGAACAUGAAAGAAUUCAUACUGGAGAGAAACGCUAUAAAUGUAAGAAAUGCAGUAAAGCAUUCAUAUUUUCCGGUUCUCUUAAAGUACAUGAAAUAACUCACACUGGAGAGAAACCCUAUGAAUGUAAAAAAUGCAGUAAAGCUUUCAGUUAUUCCAGUUCUCUUAAAAUGCAUGAAAUAACUCACACUGGAGAGAAACCCUAUGAAUGUAAAAAAUGCAGUAAAGCAUUCAGUUCUUCCAGUUUUCUUCAACAACAUGAAAGAAUUCAUACUGGAGAGAAACCCUAUGAAUGUAAAAAAUGCAGUAAAGCAUUCACUUUUUCCACUUCUUUGCGAAGACAUGCAAGAACUCAUACUGGAGAGAAACCCUAUGAAUGUAAAAAAUGCAGUAAAGCAUUCACUUCUUCCACUUCUCUUCGAACACAUGAAAGAACUCACACUGGAGAGAAACCCUAUGAAUGUAAGGAAUGUGGCAAAGCCUUUACAAAUCCCUCAAGCCUUCGCUCACACAUGAUCUUUCACACUGGAGAUGGACCUUAUAAAUAUGAGGAAUGUGGGAAAGCAUUCAUUUUUACCCGUUUUCUUUGAAUACAUGAAAGAACUCACGCUAGAGACAAAGCUUAUGAAUGUAAAAAAACGCAGUAAUGCAUUCAUUUCUCCCAGUGUACUUCAGAAACGUGAAGGAAUUCAUACUAGAAAGAAACCCCUUGAAUGUAAAAUAUGUGGUAAAGCCUUCAGGUUUUCAAGUAAGGUUCAAGUACAUGAAAGAAUUGAUGCUGGAGAGAAACCCUAUGAAUGUAAAAAAUGCAGUUAAGCAUUCACUUCUGGUAUCUUUGAAAACAUGAAAGAAUUGAUACUGGAGAGAAACCCUCUGAAUGUAAGGAAUAUAUGAAAGCCUUUAUGAUUCCUUCAAGCCUUUGAUCUCACCUGCUCUUUCACGCUGGAGAUGGACGUUACUAGCAUAAGCAAUGUGAGAAAGUGUUCAUUUCUCCCAGUGCAUUUUGAAUAUGUGAAAGGAGUCAUAGAACAGACAAACCCUAUGAAUGUAAGGAAUGUGGGAAAGCCUUUAUAAAUCCCUCAAGCCUUCAAUCCCAGAUGGUCUUCCUCACUGGAAAUGGAUCGUAUAAAUGUAAGGAACGUGAGAAAGCCUUCACUUCUCCCAGUUUUCUUCAGACACAUGAAAGAACUCAUACUGGAGAGAAAGCUUAUGAAUUUAAGGAAUGUGCACAAACAUUCACUUAUCACAUAUCACUUCAAAGAAAUGAAAGAAGUCACACUGGAGAAACACUAUGAAUGUCAGUAAAAUGAGAAAGCCUUUAUUUUUCAUGAAAACCUUUGAGGAAGUGCAAGAAUGCACACUAGAAGAAAUACCAUGUAAAGAUAAAGAAUGUGGAAAGGGCUUUUGUCAUCCAGUUCUUUCUGAAGGCAUGAAGGACUCAAUAACCUCUUGAAUGUAAGUAGCAUGGAAAAGACUUCAAUUGGCCCACCCCCUUCUAUGUGAUACUUUUACCAAAAAGAAGUAUAAAUGUAAGUGAUAUGAGAAAGCUUAUUGGAAAUUAAUUUCUGUAUCAUAUUCUAGAAAACUUUCAACAUGAAAUUCAGAGAUGUUAUAGAAGUUGUAAACAUUGUGUUUACCAAGUUACUUCUCAAAGUGCAGCAUGAGAGUGUGGAUUUCUAUUACUUUCAGAAAAGACUAUUGAGAUGAGAUAAUUUUGCAAGUCAUCCUUUAUCAAUAGUACAUAAGAUUAAUAGAUACUGUUUUUUCUUUAAAUCAGUUAGUAAUGUUUUCUCUUUUUUUAUAAUGUGUUAAUUGUUCUGUGUUAAGGGGCUAUUAAAAAUGACACUGUGUUUGUUGGGA